AAGAGCAUAAAAACACUUGUUUCGAAAAUAUAGGGUCAAAACACACAUUUGGGGAUUAAUUUCAGUCACAUUUGGGGAUUUAUUUCAGUCACACACAUUUGGGCAUUUAGGGCUUUGGUGGACGGCGACUGUUGGUGGUGAACGGCGACGAUGACCGGCCAUGGGUGUUGUUGCAUUGGCUCUCGGCAUUCUCAGAAAUAUGCUCCUUCAACGUUGGUUCUCGGCUGUUGGUGGUGAACCGCGACGGUGACCUUAGCUCCAGGCAGUGGUGCGCGCGGGUUCUCGGCGGCUGCACAGCUUCUCAGCGGCGGUGGCGUGCUGUCGACGUGGGCAUCCCUGAGUUCAUGGUGGAUGUGGUUCACGACAUGCUCUUCAUCUUAGGUUUUUUUUUAAUUUAUCUCUCUCUCUCUCUCUCUCACUUUCACAGUGAGCCUAAGUGAAUGACACAGCUUCUCUUUGCUUUCACUUCAAACCUUUAUCAUAUCUUCUCAUUUCCUAAAGCCCUAAAUCUUUUUACGGAACCCCAAUAUCACCACCAUCUCCCAUGGCUUCUUCUCCUUGGCUGGACCUGACCACUUAUGCCAACUUCAUAGCAAACUAUGAGUUUUCUAUCAACGAGUCAUUCAGCAAAGGUUACAACUCUAAAGGAAAGCACGUACGAUUGAUGUAGCAAAAUUAGACAGAGUGAAUGGAAGGACAAAGUCGGUACCCCUUGCAAAAGUUGGAGGAUUAUAUAAUACCUAGAGGGCUUCUCUACAAUGCAUUUUCCACAUACAAGCGUGGACCAACGAAGGACUAUUCCAAAAUUUAUAACAAAGAUGGAGGCUCUGCAAAAUUCUCCACUUGUGAAGGUCUUGAGCAAUUGAUCAAUCACUUUGCCACGUGCAAUACAAAAAGGUUCAAUGGAGGCUGCUUGCGUUGCAAAAGGAUGUGGCAGCUUCUAAGACUUCACUCUUUAAUUUGUAUCCAAUUCAUGCAGAGUUCCUUUGUGCAGGUAGUUGACAGAAUGGAACAUUUGGUUUUGGAGCAAGAAAAGCAAUAUCCAUCUGGAGUCUAUAUUGAGAUGCAUUUCUUUGGCGCAAUACUAGAUAACAUUGGUAGUUGAAGUUUUUAGAAUCAAAAAAUAUAUUUCACUAACUUUGUAUACAUUUCUUGUUUAAUAUUUGGUGAUGAUAGAAUUUGACUGUAGUAUAAACUAUCAUGUAAUAUGAUUUUGUAAGCCCAGUAAACUAAAUAUUG